AUAAAUAUUUUAUGAAACCACCACAUAACUGACAGUUGGACAUGAAGGCUCCGACGUGUGGUUUUCAGCAAGCUCUCACCAUUCCCCUCCGGUCAAUUAUCUCAGCGCAGCACAGAGCGGUUGAGCCCAUCCACAGCGAUUUGAUGUGCAACCGAGCUCCAGGACGCACACAGGGACGAGAAAAGCUACAGAUGCCAGCGGGCAUCCCCUGCCACGUCUGCCCAUGAGCCACCCAAGCGGAGGCUGAGCCCCCAUGGCUCCCUGCCCAGCAGCCCAUGCCAAGAAGCCAGAGCAGAUCUCCCAGCGCAGCGAUGCUGCCAGCUCCCGGCGCUGCCGGCAGCGGUGAGAGUUACACACGCAUUGCGCAACGCAGCGCGGUGCUCUCCAGGGCCGCAGUAGCUUUCCUGGACUGCGCGGCGCGGAUUGGCCCGCAGCACCCUGCUCUCCUCCCUCCCUGCCCUCCCUUUCUUCAGCACCCUAAACACACAGAGAUUGGACAGCCGGGUGCCACAUGGCAGAUUGGAACCAGGAUAAAAGAUGAACAGCGUCUGCGGGGAGUUUGCAAAGAGGUGGCACCAAACUUUGCAGAACGGGGAGCAGAGACGGACAGACAGACGGACAGCAGAGCUGCAGCCGCCCAGGGACGCUCAAACAUUGAGCGGCAGUUGUAGAGCAGCCAGUGCCCUCUGCUCCCAGUCAUGUCCCUGGUAGGGAAGGAGAAGAGCCACGUGCGCUUGGUCUUCUUAGGUGCGGCCGGCGUGGGCAAGACGGCCCUGAUCCGCCGCUUCCUGCUGGACACCUUCGAGCCCAAGCACCGGCGCACGGUGGAGGAGCUGCACAGCAAGGAGUACGAGGUGAGCGGGGCCACCGUGACGCUGGAGAUCCUGGACACCAGCGGCAGUUACUCCUUCCCAGCCAUGAGGAAGCUCUCCAUCCAGAACAGCGACGCCUUCGCUUUGGUCUAUGCCGUCGACAACGCCGAAUCCUUUGAGAGCGUCAAGAGUCUGCGGGAGGAGAUCCUGGAGGUGAAGGAGGACAAAUUCCCUCCCAUCGUGGUGGUGGGCAACAAGGCGGAGAGCGGCGGUGAGCGGCAGGUGCCUGCAGAGGAUGCGCUGUCACUGGUGGAGCUGGACUGGAACAGCCGCUUCGUGGAGACGUCAGCCAAGGACAACGAAAACGUGCUGGAGGUCUUCAGGGAGCUGCUGCAGCAAGCCCGGCUGCCUGGGCGGCUCGGCCCCGCGCUCUGCAGGAGGAGGGAGACCUUCCCCAACGAGCACGGGCUGCGGCCCCCCAUGAACAAAACCAACAGCUGCUCCGUGUGCUGAGCCCAGCGGGAUGCAGGUGGGCUGCCGGCCAGGACCCCGCUCCUCCCCACCCUUCCCUCCUCUCCCGGCACUGUGGGGUCAGCGGAGCGCGGGGAGGGAGGCGGAUGGGAUGGUGCCGCUUUGGUUUGGUUGGGAAGGUGUGGGGAGAGGGCAGGAUCCCAAAAAAGGGGGGUGCCCAUCUGGGAUGCAGAAGGCACUCAGCUGUGCUUGCAAGAAGGGGACAGACAGUAGGACGUGGGCUGCAUGCAGCCGAAUGCAUCUCUGUGGGCACUGUGCCACCAGCACCACUGCGUCCCCUCCGGGUUCUGUGCCCCAAUGCCCACACAUGCAGUGUCCUGGUGCAGUUUGUGGUUAUGAUGAGUGUCUGAGGUAGCUGUGUUUGGAUAGGUGCGUAGAGCAUGUGAUAGGGCAGCCUAUGCAUCUCUUCAGUUUUCUGUUUGUUUUUUUAAGCAUACCCAAUAAACACGGUGAUUCAAAACGGA